UAAAUACAAUCUCUAUAGCCUCCACAAAAAAAUUGUAAUUCCGAAUAGUUCAUGUAGGACGCUUGUAUGUAUAUAAGUAUAAUAAACUAUGUGGACCUCAUUCUAAAUUUCAGUCUCCAUAGCUACUUAUAACUUUUAGAUGUCUCCUUAUUCUCAUAAUUAGCAUUAGCAUUACCAUUUAAAUACAUUUUUACAGAAUAGUAAUUUUGCCGACGAUAGUUACAUAAUUAUUUCCGAGAGACAAUCAGUUCAAAGAAUUAAAUUUAGAAGAAUUAUCAUUUGUUUUAUUGGUUUAGAAGAGUUUGGGUAUAUUUCCAUGUACUAUAAAAUACUGUUCGUUAACAAUACUCAAAGUUAGCUGCAAAGUAAUUUAAAUACAAUGGAGAUAAUUGGCUUUGAAAAAGUAUUUAAUGAUAAUAUACACGGACACAUAAUUCUCCAUCCAUUAUGUGUUGCUAUCAUUGAUACUCCAGAAUUCCAACGUUUACGAAAUAUAAAACAAUUGGGAACUACAUAUCUAGUUUAUCCAUGUGCAAGCAUUAAUCGAUUUGAACACUCAUUAGGGGUUUGUCAUUUAGCUGGUGAAAUGUUAAAUGCUUUAUGUAAAAACUGUAAUAAUGAAAUUUUUGUAACAGAAGAAGAAAUAUUAUGUGUUAAAUUAGCUGGUCUUUGUCAUGAUAUAGGCCAUGGACCUUUUUCUCAUACUUGGGAAAGGUUUUUAACUACUGCUGGAAUAAAUUGGAAGCAUGAAGAAUGUUCAAUUCAAAUGCUUAAGUAUAUAAUCCAAAAGUAUGAUUUAAUGAAAGAGUUUAAACGAUAUGGUCUCGACGAAUCAUAUCAUAUAGAAUUAAUAUGUGAAUUUAUUCGUGGAUAUGGUAAAAUUUUACCUAGUGAAAAAUAUUUUUUAUAUCAAAUCAUAUCGAACAAAGACAAUGGUAUUGAUGUUGACAAAUGGGAUUAUUUUUUACGAGAUGGCAAAUCGUUAAAUUUAAGUAUAUCAUUUGAUUACAAAAGAUUAAUACAGUUUUCUAUGGUUGUCGUUGAUCCUAACUCUAAUCCAUCCAAAAAAGUAAUCGCUUUUAGAAAUAAGGAAGCUAGAAAUAUCUAUGACAUGUAUAGAGUAAGAUCUGAUUUACAUUUGAGAGCCUAUCAACAUAGGGCAGUUCAAAAUACUGAAAUUAUGUUGAUUGAUAUACUUUUAAAAGCUGAAAAAUGUUGUACUGUGCAAACCCCAUGUGGUACAAAGUAUUCUUUGACUGAAGCUCAUACAAAUAUUGAUGCCAUGUCACGACUUACAGAUCAUAUUCUCUAUGAUAUUCAGUAUAGUGUUGACCCUAAUUUAGAAGAAGCACGAAGUUUACUUAAUAGAUUACUAACUAGACAUUUAUAUAAAUUUGUGGGGUCUUACAAUUUAAAUUUUGUUAAUCCAAGUAUCUGUGAUAAUGUUAUUGAUGUUGAGAAAUUAAAAAUUAAUCUCAAAGAACAACUUGAAAAGGCAUUUGAAGUACAAUUUGGUAUAGCAGCUACAUGGUUAAAUUGUGGCGCACCUGUAACAGAUCCAUUAAGAAAUGUGAUAUUUUUUAAAAAACCUACUUGUGGAAGUAAAAUUAUUCACCUGGACAAUACACCAUAUUACUCAUUAUAUCCUUUACAGAAAUUGGAAUUUUUUAAACGAGAAAUUACUGUUUUUUGUAAAAUGUUAAAAGUUAAUAAUGAAAAUUUAGAAAAAUUUGAUGCUUUCAGUAAACGUUAUUUGGAAAAUUUUAAGCCUUGAAAAGAUGAGGUGAUCCCCUUUCACAUGUUAGGGAGUCAAAGAUAAUUCAUAGCUAGACCAAUGAUGGACAGGACGUGUACAAUAUCACCACAUACCAGACACCACAAGAAAAAUCAGCACACUGGGAUCGAACUUAAGACCCCCUGCGCAGAAAUAUACGUUUCUACCCACUAGUCCAGGCCGACUUCUUUAAAGCUGAUAUAACAUACUAUAAAUAAAAAAUAUAAAGUGUCCAGUCAUUAUGUGCAAAUUGUUGCCGUAGUUAAAAAACAUGCUACUAUAGUAUUAAAAUGCCAGAUUUUAUAUUUUGUUUUCAACAGUAUUUGCCUAUCUAUAACUUUUUAAAUAAUGUAUGGAUUUAUACAAAAAAAUUAUUUAAUAAGUAUUUAUUUUUAUAUACCCGUUCA